AUGGCCUCAGGCGUCAACGCCAUUCGCGAGAGGCUGCAAUACAGCUUCGGCUACCUCCAGGGCCGCAGCUUCGCCCUUCCACGGAGCCUGUCCGAGUUCUAUGGCGCGCUGGUUGCCAAAGUCACCAGUUGGGUCGCGCUGCCGCUGCCAUUGCUGUCGUUUCUGGCGCUGCCGCUCUACGGUGGUUCGACGGCAACCGUCAAUUUGGUCUUCUUCUACCUGACGUGGUCAGCACUGGUCAUCUCCCACGAUCGACUUACGUUGGAACUGUACGGCACGCUCCUGAUCCGACUUUUUUGCUUUCUUUUGCCAGCCUUGGGCUUCUUGGCCUUCGACAUUGCUGUCCCUAAAGUUAGCAAGACUGUCAAAGCUCGCGGCGAGCGGCAGCUCCCCACUCGUCAUGGCCGUGACAAACUCCUCGCGAUAGUCGCGGUGGCGGUGUGCAACGUCUUGCUCGGUGUAUUGAUCCAAGCCGGGCUAGAGUUGUUGUUCACUCGCAUAUUGCACCUCAAGAGUCUGUUGAAAGUGACCACCGUCGUUCCGCUUCCGUGGAGCAUCGCCAUGUCCCUGAUCCAAGGUUUGGCCAUUCGAGGGUCGCUGCAUUAUGCCGUGCACAGAUUCGUUCUGCACACGAAUCCAUCGAUCCUCAGAACCUGGCAUCUGGACUGGCAACACAGCGUCGAGCAUCCAUUCAGCCUGGUGGCAGCGUACGAUCAUCCGGUGAACUAUCUCCUCGCGGAUUGGGUUCCAACAUUCUUGCCGGCGGUGCUCUUUCGAUGGCAUGUAUUGACUUGGUUCCUGUUCUUGUCGAUCGCCAGCCUGGAAGAGUUGUUUGUCUUCUCGGGAUACUCCGUUCUCCCGUCGGCCAUCAUCCUACCAGGCAUGGCUCGUCGCACAGAAGCGCAUUUUGACUCGGUGAGGAAGGGAGAUAAAGCCGGUAACUUUGGUCAUCUUGGGCUUCUUGACUUCUUGUUGGGUACUACGUGUAGUAACGAGAGUACCAUUGUCGACGACGUCCAGGACGAGGCCCAGCAGCGCCAACUGCAGGAGCGCGUCGAAGCCGCAGUCCAGGCGGCUUUGGCCAGUAUCGAGGACAAGAAGUCCAAUAACAAAGUUGAAGACACCAAGGAAGAGGAUACUAACGAAGAUAAUAUGCCUGCUGGAGAGGACGACCAACACCAGACAGGGGAGGUCGACGAUAAUGACGGGUCCGAGGAAGGCGAACCCGCCGACCGACGUCCAACCGCACCACGUAGGAGCGGAAGAAGGAAAGGAGCUAAGGGCUGA